UUUAGAGCGUUGUGGAAGCAAUCGUGUUGAAUAACGAAGAGAUUCUAACGUUGUAUGACGUUAAGAAAAAAACUAGUUUAGGCGUUUUUGGAUAACGAGUGAUCACUGGUCAGGCUAAUCACUCGUUUAAUAACCAGUGAUAACGAAUAACGCCCAUCGCUACAAAACACACUUGUCAAAAAAAUUGAAAUAUUUUCAGUGUUCGAUUUUUGCGAUAUUCAUUUGAAUUUAUUUUACUAUUUUGCUCUGAUAGUUUUAUUAUUUUCGGCAGACUAUCUGUUUCAUUUUUAUUUUUGAAUUCAGCAGUUCAUUAUCGCUUGUAAGAUGGACCCCAUUUCAGUUUUACAAAGUAGAAUUGAACAAUUAGAAGCUAAAUUGGGUUUAGCUUCGAGCGUGCAAGUGGAUGGCCAACAAGGGGAUACUGUUUCGUCGAAUCUAUUGAAUGCGUCUCAAGCAAUCAACAAUGUGACUGCGGCUCACGAAAAGCUACCCGAGGCAAUGCAGCGGGCUUCGGAACUAAACAACUACACUGAUCCUAACUUACUUGAGAAUAUACAGCAGAAUGAAAUGCACAUGAGAGAAGUAGUGGCUGCCGAGCCGGUCAUCAAGCACCACUGCCACUGCAUGCAUCGUUGCAAACAGGCUGCUCCUGUUAUGGAAUCUGAAGCCAUACAGCAGGUGCCACAAAUGCAGGCUGCCGUGGAUCAAAUGCAUGCAGCAGCUGCCGAAGUGAAGUCUGAAGCUGAUGUGGUUUCCCAUGGGAUUCAAGAGUUGGCUGAGACCUGCGGUACUGCUGCAUCGAAUGCUUCAGAACAACUUGCUAAUGUCGCCCAAAAGGUAGAGCAAGUGGAAGAAAAAGUGUUUCCCCGAAGGCGAAAUGGACUGGAUUAAUAAUGUGGAUCUCUGAACUCUCUGGUGCAUAACAAAUAGAUUUUCUAUUGUUGUCUAUAAUGACAUAUUUAUUCUAAAUUAUUUUGUGUAUCAGUAAUGGUUGUAUGAUUUGCUGUGUUCAUAAUAAUAAAAUAUUAAAUUGAAAGUGUUAUGUAUGUAA